GGCUGGGCGUGCCGCGGGUGACGCGCAGGGCCGGGCGGGCCAAUGGGCGUAGGGUGGCGGGCGGGCCCGCAGGCCCCGGGCUUCGGGACGCGGACGGGCGGCCGGCCGGACAGACUGACGUGCGGCCGCGUCGCGGGAGGCGAAUGGCGGGGAUGGCGCUGGCGCAGGCCUGGAAGCAGAUGUCGUGGUUCUACUACCAGUACCUGCUGGUCACGGCGCUCUACAUGCUGGAGCCCUGGGAGCGGACUGUGUUCAAUUCCAUGCUGGUUUCCAUUAUGGGGAUGGCACUGUACACAGGAUAUGUCUUCAUGCCCCAGCACAUCAUGGCGAUAUUGCACUACUUUGAAAUUGUACAGUGACCAAGACGCGACCAGGAUCCGGAGGUUCCUCGUGGAAGACCCACCCUAUGAAGCUGGAAUGAGACUUCAUCAGAUGAGACCUCUUCUAGAUGUCAACAUCACCAACCCUAUAAAGACUAAAAUUCAUGAGUAGAACAGGAAAAUCAUCCUGACUCAUGUGUUGUGUUCUUUAUUUUUAAUUUUAGAAGAGGCUCUUGUAUAGUAGUUUUUGUCUAUUUUAACAUUGUAGUCAUUUGUACUUUGAUAUCAGUAUUUUCUUAACCUUUGUGACUGUUUCAAUAUUACCCCGUGAAAGCUUUUCUUAAUGUAACUUUGAGUACAUUUUAAUUGCCUUCUAUUUUUAAAACCCAAAGUCAUUAGUUGGGCUCUACUGUUCUUGCUAUUGUAUGGCAUAUACAUCUGCCUGGAUAUAUUUCUACUCUUGACCAAAGUUUUGUAAGAAACUACAAGAUUUGGGGCAGGGGGAUGGGGAGGGAGGACAUUUUAUUGAGACCUACUUACAAAAGACUUACCUGUAAGCUUGAACUCAGGAGUACAGUUUUAGCUAUCUAGACUCUAACAGCUUUUGCUUUAAAACUAUUAAAGUGUUUCUUAACAAUGAAUAAGAGAGGACCUUGCUAAAGUUAAAAUAAGGAACAUUUCACCUUUUAAAUAUUUAAUUCUUAUGUGGACUUAUUUCCAGAAAACUUUGGUGGUGAUUCUUGUGACAAAAGGUAGCAUUAUUAUGUAAUGCUUAUAUACCAUAGAGUUUUAAUAGAAGGUAAAUCAGUUUUCCCGAGGGCCACUGGUAGCAGUGUAUUUCCUUAAGUUUAGUUUCAGUGAUUGUAAUAGGUGCUGCAAAUGCAUUUGCAUAUUGCAAUAAGUUAUGAUGAGAUGAAUUGUUAUUAAAUUAUAGCAAAAAGAAGUAUAAACGUGGUUAAAAUCCUUUCACUCUUUGUAUUUUUUUUAAGAUUUUUAUUCCUUAAAUGUAAAAUGACUACCUAAUUUUUUGAUGUAAAUUCAUUAAAUUCAAAGAGAAAAAAAAUCA